GUAGAUUACAAUUCUCGCUCUUGACACAGAGCUUCUCUCUUCUUUCUUUUUCUUGAUCAAGUUCCAAGCCAUAACAAUACCUUUUUGCUGACAACAUAAUUGACUAUAAAGAUUUGAGAAGAUGGGAAAGAAAAGCAAAAGAAGCGUAUCAUUGAUGAUGAUGAUGUUCUUGUUCUUCAUAGUAAUAUCUGCUGAUUUUCAAGGCUGUUUCUCUGCUGCCAGUCAAACACCCAUCAAAGGACAGUCAAGCACCCCUGCUAAUGAUCGUGUUGGCUCCUCUGUUUUCUUUCGUGUCACCGGAAAUGUUUAUCCUACUGGGUACUACUCUGUGAUUCUCAACAUAGGCAACCCACCAAAGGCUUUUGACUUUGACAUAGAUACUGGAAGCGACCUCACCUGGGUCCAGUGUGAUGCUCCAUGCAAAGGUUGCACUAAGCCGCGUGAUAAGCUUUACAAACCAAAGAACAAUCUUGUGCCUUGUUCCAAUUCGUUAUGCCAGGCCGUCAGCACAGGGGAAAACUACCAUUGCGACGCCCCAGAUGACCAGUGUGACUAUGAAAUCGAGUAUGCUGAUCUUGGUUCAUCUAUUGGUGUGCUGCUGUCAGACUCCUUUCCGCUAAGAUUAACCAAUGGCACUCUUCUCCAACCUAAAAUGGCCUUUGGGUGUGGAUAUGAUCAAAAACAUCUUGGCCCACACCCACCUCCUGACACAGCUGGGAUCCUUGGCCUUGGCAGAGGUAAAGUAAGCAUUCUUUCACAGCUACGAGCCCUGGGUAUCACGCAAAAUGUGGUUGGCCACUGUUUCAGUAGGGCAAGGGGAGGCUUUUUAUUCUUUGGAGAUCAUCCUUUUCCAUCUUCAGGAAUCACCUGGACACCAAUGCUACGUAGUUCAUCAGACACACUAUACUCAUCAGGACCAGCAGAACUUCUUUUUGGUGGAAAGCCCACUGGCAUAAAGGGACUACAGCUUAUUUUUGAUAGUGGGAGCUCCUAUACCUACUUCAAUGCUCAAGUUUACCAGAGUAUACUCAAUCUGGUAAGGAAGGAUCUUGCUGGAAAGCCAUUAAAAGAUGCACCAGAGAAGGAACUUGCAGUAUGCUGGAAAACUGCAAAACCUAUCAAAUCUAUUCUUGAUAUCAAGAGUUACUUCAAGCCCUUAACCAUAAGCUUUAUGAAUGCAAAAAAUGUGCAGCUGCAAUUGGCACCUGAAGACUAUCUGAUCAUCACUAAGGAUGGGAAUGUGUGUUUAGGGAUUCUGAAUGGCAGCGAGCAACAGCUGGGAAACUUCAAUGUGAUUGGAGAUAUUUUUAUGCAAGACAGAGUGGUGAUUUAUGACAAUGAGAAACAACAGAUCGGAUGGUUCCCUGCAAAUUGCGAUAGACUUCCCCAGUCCUGAACCAUUCUCUCGUAAUAUCUUCUUUUUAAUUGCUCGAUCUUGGAUUUCUAGAAGACCAAUAAGCUGAUUGGCGGAUCUUUUCACCAAAAAUACAAGGCAAAAAUAACUUCAUGUCAUUAGACAUGAUAGAUACAUGCACAGGAACAUUCAAGCAUAGAUGACGCAAAUGGGAUUAUCCCACAUAUCAAGAAAAAAAAUUAUUGUUUAUCACAGAACAUGUAGACUCAUGCGAGUCCUCGUUCCAUUUCUGCUGCAAGAUAGAAACAUGAUUAAAUACAAGAAAAUGAUUUGAUUUAGUUACUA